GGUUAAUUGACUUUAGGCUGUGCCUUUAUGCAAGAUCAUCCCUGACUCACAUCAACCUAGGAUGAAUGGUCUUUGGAAAAGUGCCCCCCGCCGCCGAUGAUGAAAGUACGGUUCGGACGACUCUGAAACCCCAACUGAAGCAUCUCAAGGGCCGCCAUACGGCCCCUCCAACCGGAGCCAACACCAAGUUGCUAACCCCUCUUCUGCGGAAAUCUCAUCGGCCUCAUCCCGGUACGGCACCCAAACAUCCGAUCCAGAGGUCCUCCGCCGCUUCCCACAUGAUCAUGCGGGAAGCUCCUGGAAGUGUAAUGCGAGUUGGGCUAUUGGACGUUGUGAAAGAUAGUUAGGGUAUAGUAUAUUCUCUCUUUGCCCACUGAUAUAUGGGCCAGUCUGUGCCCGCAUGAAAGACGUUACAUCGAAUGACAUCUUUCCCUUCUCUCCCCCCCCCGGACUUCUGCUUC